CUGCGUUCUCAUUUCACCUUCCUUACGACAUAGCCGAAGUCAAUUCCUGAACCACUCCUUGAUCUUUCGCUUAAAAUACUCAGAUAUAAACAGAGAGAAAGAGAGAGAGGCUCCCUCUCGUACAAACCCAAAUUUCACAAUGAAGAGAAUAAACUCCGUCUUCAAUCUCCAAAUUCGAUGUUUGUUCAUCGCAGUUUGUCUCUUCGUCUGUUCCUCCGGUCUCACGAUCGGAGAGACAUGCUCUGCCGACGGGGAAUGCGACACCGGCUUACGCUGCGAAACGUGCGCUGCGAACGGGAACACCCGUUCGAGAUGUGUCCGGAUCCAACCACUGAACCCCACAUCAAAAGUGAAAGGUCUGCCAUUUAACCAGUAUUCAUGGCUGACAACUCACAACGCGUACGCUCUGUCCGGUGCAAAGUCUGCGACAGGUGCGGCUCUACUCUCACCCACCAAUCAGGAAGACUCGGUUACCAGCCAACUCAAUAAUGGCGUUCGAGGGCUUAUGUUAGAUAUGUACGACUUCCAGAAUGACAUCUGGUUAUGUCACUCUUUUAACGGCCAAUGUUACAACUACACAUCAUUUCAACCGGCCAUUAACGUGCUGAAAGAGAUCCAAACGUUCUUGGAAGCAAACACGACUGAGAUUGUCACCAUUUUUAUUGAGGAUUAUGUGACAUCUUCACAGGGCUUGACAAAGGUCUUUAAUGCAUCUGGCCUUAGUAAGUACCUGUUCCCGUUAUCGCGGAUGCCCAAGAAUGGCGGCAAUUGGCCGACAGUCGACGACAUGGUGGAGAAGAAUCAGCGGUUGGUGGUCUUUACUUCAAAAUCAUCCAAGGAGGCAACUGAGGGGAUUGCUUAUCAGUGGAACUAUGUUGUAGAAAAUCAGUAUGGAAAUGAUGGGAUGGUAGCUGGUUCCUGUCCAAGUCGUGCUGAAUCCUCUCCCAUGGAAACAUUGUCAAAAUCCCUGGUUCUUCAGAACUAUUUUUCUACAAAUCCCAACCAAAGUAAUGCUUGCGCGGACAAUUCAGCUCCAUUAAUCAGCAUGAUGACAACAUGUUAUGAAGCAAGCGCCAAACGGUGGCCAAACUUCAUUGCUGUUGAUUUUUACCAGAGGAGUGAUGGUGGAGGAGCCCCUGAAGCCGUAGAUGAAGCCAAUGGUCAUCUGACUUGUGGAUGUGACAACAUUGCCUACUGCAAGGCAAAUGCUACAUCCGGUACAUGUGAUGUCCCUCCCAUUGCUCCCCCUCCCCCUGCUGCUGCCGGAGGAGGAUCCACAACACCAUCAUCCGACGUUCCUUCCGACGCUGCUUACUUGGACAGUAGACCAGUGCAACUUCGGUGGUUGUUUGGGGCAACAUUUGUUACUACUGUCUUCAUAUGGUUGUAAUUUAUACCCAUCUUGCUGGUUAUCUUCCUCUUCUCUUCUUUAAGCGACACUGAGCAUUUUUUGAAAUGAAAUUUAUGGUUUUGUCAUCUCGGAUUCGAUGUAAUUAAGGGUGAAAUAGAUACAAACCAUAAGGCUUGCUGGGAUUGUUGUGUGCUUUGAUCAAUUGAGUUUUGCUUAUAUGCUGCA